UUUCAAUAAUUCGGUCAGCUGCUCAGCCACGCGCCGGGGCCCAGCAACUCCAAUAACGGCCUCGGGAAGAGUCGCGAGGCCUUCGCACGGGACGUAACGAGCAUCGAGUCUCUGAUGAUGAUGGUGCGAUGUUUUACGGUUCGUGGAAAGGCUAUGGAGCCCGCCGGUAUUGGGCGGGAAGCAGACGGGAAUGCCAAGCCUGCGCCCCUUGACCCAAACCACCGGUUCAUUGGUUUUUUGAGCGACUCCUUCGGCUAUGGAGUCAUGAUGCUUGGUGCAAAAGUGGACGUUGGGGAUGUUGGGGCUGUUUUGGCUGUGGUCGGCAUCGGUGCGCUCAUGUGGUGCUUGAGGUGCAGAAAGACGGCCACCAACAGAGCUGCAAAGACACAACACAGCCUGGCGGUGGAGCGGUUGUCGUUGGCGGCUAGGUACCCCUUUGAUUGCCCCAACGGUGAGCACGCGGCGGGAUGUCCGUUACGGGGGGAUGGUCGAGGCAGGGGGCCAGACGGUCCAAAUAGCGACCCACAGUGAUAGGGAAGAGGUGCGGUACGAGCUUCCGGGAAGCGAAGUGCGCCGGCAG